CUCUCUCUCUCUGUGUCUAUACUCGUCAGUCGUCACUGCCGCAGUCUACUUUUACGCGGCUUUGGAUUUGUCGGUGCCAUUCGAAGUUGCGCUCACCAUUUCUCAUCCAACGCAGAUUUACUCUCCACUGAACUUUUUCUGCGGCGGUAAAGUAACUUCUUCCGAGAUCCAGUAAAUAAUCGUCUUCUGUUUUCUGAUUCAUGUCUUUCGAUUGCGGAAUAGCGGUUUCGUUGUUGAUCUCGGCAAGAUUCGCACAUUGAUAGUUCAUACUGAAGAUUGUGUAGAGCUACUUGUUAGUUGUGUUUUGUGGAUGCUUGAGUUCGAUUAAUUGAAUUUUAGAUAAAUCUGGUCGAAUGCGUGUGUGCAUAUAGUUUGAUUUAGUUAGGGAUGUUGUUGUAUGUCAAACCUGUGAUAGAUUGAGGAUUUCUGCAAUGGAGGAAGUGAAUCUUUCUAGAUUGUCUCCAUUAAGACCUGCCGGAGGUUCCUUGAAGUCUCCUUCCGGGAAGUCGACGCCGCGGGGAUCUCCUUCAUUUCGGAGAUUGAAUUCAGGCCGGACGCCGAGAAAGGAUGGGAGGAGUGGUGUUCUUGGUUCAUUGUUAUUCCGAAGUAAUCGAAUUGUGCUGUGGUUGCUUCUGAUCACUCUUUGGGCGUACGCCGGUUUUUAUUUUCAGUCACGAUGGGCUCAUGGUGACAAUAAGGAAGAUCUUUUUAGCGGCGGCUAUGGAGGCGAGUCGAAUGGGGAGAAUUCCGAAUUUCGGCACAAGGAAAGGAGGGACUUGAUUGCGACUGUAGAGUCCGAGGCGAGUAAGUUGCGAAAUGGGACAGAAAAGUUAGGUUUGAAGAGUUCUGAUGUGGUUCUUGCCAAGAAUCGACCAAAUAAUACUGUUAGUUCGGGGAAAACGAAAGGGAAGAGAUCGCGGAGGAGAGGCAGGGCGAGAGGUAGGCCGAAAAUGGCGAAGGAAGAUGUAGAACCCGAAGCUGAUGUGGUCGAAGACGAGAUUCCUAAGAGGAAUACGACGUAUGGAUUGCUUGUUGGCCCAUUCGGGUCUGUAGAGGACACGAUUUUGGAGUGGAGCCCUGAAAGAAGAUCCGGGACUUGUGAUCGAAAGGGUGCAUUUGCGCGCCUUGUUUGGUCGAGGAAGUUUGUGUUGAUAUUCCAUGAACUGUCGAUGACUGGAGCCCCGCUUGCGAUGAUGGAGCUGGCAACAGAGUUUCUGAGCUGUGGAGCUACGAUCUCAGUUAUAGUCCUCAACAAGAAGGGCGGAUUGAUGCCGGAGCUCGCCAGAAGGAAAAUCAAAGUUCUUGACGACAAAAGGGAUUUAAGCUUCAAAACAGCCAUGAAAGCGGAUCUCAUCAUUGCAGGAUCUGCUGUUUGUUCGUCCUGGAUCGAUCAAUACCUCUCCCGGACAGUGCUCGGUUCAAGCCAAAUCAUGUGGUGGAUAAUGGAGAACCGACGAGAGUACUUCGAUCGAUCGAAGCUCGUGCUCAACCGCGUAAAGCAACUGAUAUUCCUCUCCGAUUCGCAGCUGAAACAGUGGCUGGCAUGGUGCGACGAAGAACACAUUCGAUUAAAGUCGGAGCCGACACUGCUGCCGCUCUCCGUCAACGACGAACUCGCCUUCGUCGCCGGCAUCCCCUGCUCGCUAAACUCUCCGUCAUUCCCGACGGAGAAGAUGCUCGAGAAGAGGGCGUUGUUAAGAUCCGCCGUUCGAGAAGAAAUGGGAUUGAGCGACAGCGACAUGCUCGUCGUUACCCUGAGUAGCAUAAACCCCGGGAAAGGCCAGCUGCUGCUUCUGGAAUCGUCUCGAUUGAUGUUGGAGGGGCCGACGAUGCGUAAUUCAGGCGUCAACGACUCGAUCUUGAUCGAGCAUGAUUAUUAUUCGCGAGCGCUUCUUCAGCACUCGAAGAAACUCCGCGGAUCCUCCUCGGCUCGACUUGGUUUUUCGCUCGGAAAGAGAUACAGAAGGCCUCCCCGAACUUUGGAAAUCGACGGCGAGCUUUUUCCAAGCAUGAGACGGAAAUUUUUGUCCGAGAGCGAGAAGGAGCAGAAGAACGUCAAGAUUCUCAUCGGUUCGGUCGGAUCGAAAAGCAACAAAGUGCCGUAUGUGAAAGCGCUGCUUAAGUAUCUUAAAAUGCAUUCGAACUUGUCGAGCUCUGUGCUUUGGACUCCGGCGACGACUCGCGUCGCCUCCUUAUACGCCGCCGCUGAUGUUUACGUCAUGAAUUCUCAGGGACUCGGAGAGACAUUCGGUAGGGUAACGAUUGAAGCCAUGGCAUUCGGACUUCCGGUGUUGGGAACCGAUGCCGGAGGCACGAAAGAGAUCGUCGAGCACAACACGACGGGGCUCCUCCACCCGGUAGGGCGGCGCGGGGCGGGGGUUCUCGCCGAGAACCUCGAUCUCUUGCUGCAGAACCCUGGAGCAAGACACCAGCUGGGAAUCAAAGGUAAAGAGAAGGUGGAGAAAAUGUACCUGAAGAAACACAUGUACCAGAAAUUUGGGGAAAUCUUAUACAAGUGUAUGAGGAUAAAAUAGAACACUUCUCAUUCUUCUACGUCCAAAGGUGUAUCCGAAUAUAUACAUACGACAUUACACACACUUGGUUUUUUUUUUCUUCUUCAUUACCUCUCCUUCUUAUAUA